AUGCUUCCUUCAUACAUCUCAACAUUUUUAGCGGACGACGUUACACAAAGUCCAUGGGAAGAAAUUAAAAAUACGAUAGACCCUCCUUUAUUUUGUAUGGAAAGUUAUACUAAACACGUCCAGAACAUGUACUCUCUUCACACCACAUCUUUAUUACAUCACACAUACAACGCAUUGCUCUCGUUCUUUAAAACCCCGUCUAACUUUUUUAGUUCCCAACCAUCCAUUACUAGCUAUGAACAAACGAAGAGUAACGGAUGUAUCUACACUCUCAAAACAAACACUUCAUUCGCACAUUUGGUCACAGUCAAUGUCUUCUCACAACUCAUUCAGAUAUCGGACGACGAGUUUGUGUUUUGCUUAACUCCUUUGUCGGGGGAUGAUGUGACUCCUGUGGCUCAAAGUAAUGACACGUUCAAUGAGAAUACCAUUCCUCUCGACCCAAUCGACUCUUUCGAUACAUCUUUUAUCCAACAAACCGUUCAACUCACAGAACACGCUUUCAAACAAAAUCUAGUAAUACAAACAUUGAAUGCUCCAAAAACAAGUGGACCUUUCCUCGACCAAAACUAUUCCAAACCAUCAACGAAAGGCUCAGAGGAAGAAUCAAAGUCUGGUCUUACUCCAAAGACUGGGACUGUGCACUAUUACCACGUCAAAAAGCUUCGGGAUGGAAUACAAUUUGAGUGUCACUUUGCACCCGUCGAAGUGAAGAGCAACACUUUGUUGAUCAAUUACAUCAACUUCCAGAGAAGAGUUGUCUAUCACUUGAAUGAAUAUUUACUACAUUCGACACCCACAACAGAAAUAGCGGAGAUGUUCAGACAGUUCCACAAGUACUUGAAUCUGCCUCUUGAGAACUACACCGUGAUCCAUCGAAAUAGUCAAUUCACCGUUUACGCAAAUUACGACAAAUCAGAACUUGUCAUCUACGGCGGUGCAACGUUCGCGUGUGACAUCCAAAACUUGGUGAAGGUGUUUGCAAAGAACGACGGACUUGCAUUCUUGUUCCCAGGCUCUAAAGACAUCUCCAAGACUAAACACGUGAGGUGCACACAUCGAGAAAGCCCCUAUUUUGGCGAGAAGAACGUUUGUACUGAUUGUAUCACAGAAACCCUCAUUUUGGAGGGAAAUUUCUUUGUUGCAACGCAGUCCACAAAUAAAAUGGUGUUAUGCAAGAACUCACAUGAGGAGGGACAGACAUUUUCAGUUGUCAUGGCGGCCGAACAAAUUGAAUGGAUCGGCGAAAAAGCACAGAGUGUGUAUUACUACCAUUUUUUCACUCCACAAUUCAGAAACAUGACAGUUAAAGCGUAUAAGGAGUAUAUCAACAUCAUCUCCUCAGCUAUACUGUCAACACGAAUAGGAAUACAAUUUGGCUGUGCACUGCCCGAUCCUGAAAUGUGGUUCACAACCGCGACAAUCCCUUUUUUUGACAUCUUGCGGCUCGCCAUCUUCAUGAGUGUCCAAGUCAAGAAGGACAAACCUUUCCUCUAUGUCCCCCUCGAGCUCCCUAAAGUACCACAAACACCUCUUACCACCACCACGACUGCUUUUGAAAUGCGAUGUCGCUUCAGUUACGUCUCAUUCACCGAUUUAGACGAGCGGGUAGUGACAAAAGUGAUGUCUUAUUUGCCUCUCGAGUCUGUCUGUGCUUUAAUGAAGACUUCUCGGAAAUAUUUUGGGAUAGGGUAUAAGGCGAAGUACCUGUGGAAAACGUUUUAUGAGGUGCACUGUAGUCCGCAGACCUUCAAGAAGUGGACGUCGCAGAAAAUGCCGCACCAGAAAAUUGAUUACUUUCUAGCUGUCGGUAUCUCCCGUAAAACGUCUUCGUUGUGGACGCGGCGGCCGGUCUCGAUUCGGAAGAUGAAAUUGUGCGAACAGAAAAUAGAUUGGAUCCAUCGGACUGAAAGUGGAGAAAGUGCUAUUAUUUCGCGGUCGGGGUUUUGUUGUAAGUUAUAUCCAGACUUUUCGAUGAAGUAUCGAGCGUUUGGGAAUAGUGAAGUGAGUGGGAGUUGUUCAGAGCAGAAUGACAUCUAUGUUGGGUUUGGGAAUGGACGAGUCCGAUUCUAUUGGAACAACGACCCGAAGGAUUUCAGAGAGAUCAACACGUUGAAGUUCCAGAGGAUCGAGUUUGCGCCGGAGAAGAAGAUGAUAGGGUGGAAUGAACGAAGUAAUGUCGUCUAUUUCUGUGACUUGAAUUUGAAUAAGACGGUGUGUUUAUUUAAAGCGCAAAGGAAGAGAAUUACACAUGCGAUGGAAGUUGAAAGGGGGGUCAUAGUCACGUCGUCGACGGAUGGGAGUUACUGGGGAUUUGAUUGGCGAAUGGAGAAUAAAGUCUUUGAGAGUCAAGAAAUGCUUGAAGGGAUCGACGUGUUUGAUUCGUUUGAUAAUUAUUUGGUUGGGGGAAGUAGUGAUGGGACGGUGUGGAUGUAUGACUGGAGGAAAUUGGAUAAGUGCCUUGACCGGACUACAUCCCCGGGUAAAAUUAAUCAAGUCAAAGUAUGGAAUAGAAAGAUAGUUGUUUGUUCGGAAGACAGGUCGGUCUAUUCAUUGGAAUGUUGUAAAAAUUGGAUGGGAAAAAUGAGUGUUGUGUAUAGUUUGGAUUCCCCCGUCACGGCUUUGUACUUCGAUGACGUGUAUCUCCUCACUGCUACGAAUAAUGGGUGUAUGUAUACUUCUAUUUUUAAGUAA